GGGUCAGCAGGGCAAAGGAUAGGUGUACAAGAGACAACAGAGCUGAGGACGGACGGUAACUGCUGGCAGGGCAGAGGACAGGGGUCGCUGCUGGCAGGGCAGAGGACAGGGGUCACUGCUGGCAGGGCGGAGGACAGGGGUCACUGCUGGCAGGGCGGAGGACAGGGGUUACUGCUGGCAGGGCGGAGGACAGGGGUCACUGCUGGCAGGGCAAAGGACAGGGGUCACUGCUGGCAGGGCAAAGGACAGGGGUUACUGCUGGCAGGACAGAGGACAGGGGUCAUUGCUGGCAGGGCAGAGGACAGGGGUCAUUGCUGGCAGGGCAGAGGACAGGGGUCACUGCUGGCAGGGCGGAGGACAGGGGUCACUGCUGGCAGGGCGGAGGAUAGGGGUCACUGCUGGCAGGGCAAAGGACUGGGGUCACUGCUGGCAAGGCAAAGGACAGGGGUCACUGCUGGCAGGACAGAGGGCAGGGGUCAUUGCUGGCAGGGCAGAGGACAGGGGUCAUUGCUGGCAGGGCAGAGGACAGAGGGUGAUUGCUGGCAGGGCAGAGGACAGUGUGUCACUGCUGGCAAGGCAGACAACAGGGGGCCACUGCUGGCAGGG